UUAAAUUUUCCGCCGGUUCCGGCGCCCGUACGUCCCGACGUCACAGGGACCGGAACACAGGAGCCGGAUGCCAGCAUCGGCCGGAGGAGAUGGCCGGGGACGCUGGAGGGGAUAGAUCGUGGGAGCGAAGGACAAGGUAAAUGCUGCAGGGACCCCCAGAGAACGCCGCAUGGUAAGCCCGAGUGUAGCUCGGGGUUACCGCUCUUGGUAUAGAAAUUUUACCCCGAGCUACACUCGGGAAUACCGCUAAGGAGGUUAAGAGAACAAAGGUAUAGAAUUACUAAAACUGGUGCACUCAGAAUCUGGUGCAGUUGUACAUGGUAGCCAAUCAGCUUGUUCAAUUAAGCUUUGCAAUAAAACCUGAAAACUGACAGGUUUCUAU